UGUCCGGCGCUGGGCAUGGAGCGUGUGCGGGGAACUGGGGCCGUGCUGGCGGUCCUGGUGCUGCUGGGAGCCCCCCCGGCUGCGGGCGAGGAGCUGUCGGCCCCUGACCCGUGUCCUGCACACACAGGAGUGUUCCAGCAGAUGACAAAGAACGAGUGUUACUUCAUCAACGGCACCGAGCGGGUGAGGUUCGUGCAGAGAAGUAUCUACAACCGGGAGCAGUUCGCCCACUUCGACAGCAAUGUGGGGGUCUCUGUGGGAGACACUCCGUUUGGACAGUUCUGUGCCAGGUACUGGAACAGCCAACAGGAAAGGAUGGAGUUCUAUCGGGCUCAGGUGGACACGUUCUGCCGGCACAACUACGAGGUGUUCGCCCCGUUCACCGUGGAGAGGAGAGUGCCCCCCAGCGUGUCCAUCUCGCUGGUGCCGUCGAGCUCCCAGCCCGGCCCCGGCCGCCUGCUCUGCUCCGUGAUGGAUUUCUACCCUGCGCCGGUGCAGGUGAGGUGGUUCCAGGAUGGGCAGGAGCUGCCGGAGCACGUGGUGGCCACCGACGUGGUCCCCAACGGGGACUGGAGCUACCAGGUGCUGGUGCUGCUGGAAAUCCCCCCCCGGCGCGGGGUCACCUACAGCUGCCAGGUGGAGCACGUCAGCCUGGAGCACCCCCUCAGCCGGCACUGGGGUACGGCCCGGCCCCCCCAGCCCUGGGGGCACACUGGCAGGGGGGCCAGGGGGGAAAGGGGGCAACUGGGGGCAAUUGGGAGGGAGACUGGGGGGGAACAGGAAGGGCUCGAGGGUGAUGGAGAGGCUGAGAAGGAGGUUGGUGGGUGUUGGGAGGGCUGAGAGGGGCUUUGGGGAAUCCUGGGAGC